GGUCGCUUGUUGGAGAAAAGUUUUUUAUCAGUCUCACUAUUGCAAGUUAUCGGUGUACCACACAGCUCAUACAUUCGACGCCGCAAAGAUGAUAGGUUUAGCCGUUUGUUUGCUGGUAAAUUUUGUGUCCGGUUUUACGGCAGAUGUUUCGCCCUGCGUUGGAGAUGACCCUUACGCACCCCAUCCAACCGAUUGCACCCGCUACCUUGUCUGCAGCGGGACAAAGGCGUUCGAACUGCGCUGUCCACCGGGCUCGGAAUGGGAUGCUGAUGAGUCCACCUGUGUUCCAUACACGUCCGAGCCGAAGUGUGCUGUGUUGCAGUCACUAGCACUGGAUGCACCACCGAUAGUUAGCAAGUGUCCACCGCAGCUUUCCCGCUGUCCGGUGCAUGCCAAUCCGGCGAAGGAAGUGAUCUUUAUGCCGCACAGUGAUUGUAAAAAGUUUUAUGCUUGCGUUUCGGCGGUUCCGGUUGAGUUUAGCUGCCCGAGCAGGUUGUACUGGAACCAUGAGUCAUGCCAGUGCGAUUACGCACAUUCGGCUGGUACGGAUUGCUUUUUUGCUGGAGGUCCACAGCCAACGGUACGAGCCGCAUACAGACGGAUGCGUCGGUCGGAUGAGGAAGCGACGACAACGGCACCGGAAAUGUCCGGAGCAACUAUUCGUGGCGUUUCCUCCGUGCUGGUUUUGAUAGUGACAGUGGUGUUAAAUUUAUGAAGAAUAUUGUAAUGGCGUGAGUAAAUAAAUAGCUUCAGUAAAGAUGUGUCGAAAAUAUGUUAUA